ACAUUUGUCUUGAAUCUUUGAAGUUGUUUUCAUGCAGAAUUGUUGAGGCUGAGUUGCUUAACUUUCAUGGACUCAAAGAAAUUUCUUUGGGUUGGAUGGAAGUAAAACUCAUGACUAUUAAGACCUUGUUUUCAAAUUGUGAGGCGCUUGAGAAUUUAAGUCUCAAGAGGUGUUGGACUUCAGAUGACUUUGAUUUACGGGAGGAGAACCUAAGGUUGAGAAAGUUGGUCGUGGACAGAUGCAUGUUUAGAUCUAAUAGUCGUUAUUUUAUAGUCAAUGCUCCAAACUUAAGAUAUUUCUAUUAUUCCGGGUUGAAUGAUAAUUUUUUAGUUAUGGACAUACGUUCCCUUGUGAUGGAAGAGGAAGUUUUUGACUUUUCAAUUGAGUUUGAAGGACAUGCUCUAUUUCUCUACAAACUAGUGGAAGAUAUCUCCAGCGGCAGUACUUUAACUGUGAGCAAUUAUUUCCUUUAGGUUGUUCCCACCGGAAACUGUCUGCUCCGUAUGUCAUGUAGAACAAAUGUGAGAAGUUUGACAAUGAUGACUUCUUUGGAUCAAAUUGAGUUUUUAGGAAUCACAUUCUUACUUAAUAGCUGCCCUGAAUUAGAGAAGCUCACUAUCGAAUUGGGUCUCGCCAAAAAAUAUUUGGAUUAUGAGUCACCUGACAACUUUAACCUCGAGAUGUUUUGGACUGAUCACGCAAGGGCUUAUAAUUGCAUGGUAUAUACUCUUAGAGAGGUGGAGAUUAUGGGCUUCAAAGGAUCAAUUAAUGAGAUUCGUGUCAUUACCUAUUUCAUCACUAUUGGAAGAGUCUUGAGAAAGAUGACUAUCAACAUAUUGAAGGAUGAUGAUGUCAAUCAAGAUGGGAGCUUGGGUUCUAACUACCGUGACAUGAUAGAAACACUAGUGUCUCUAAGCGCUUCAAGAGAUUUAGAGAUUUCAAUUUGUUAGUAUUUUACAAUUCCAGAGAAUUUAAAUUCGAGAAG